AUGACCGGAUAUGAGAUGUUUUCUUUGGCAGGACACUGCCGGGGGAACGGAUUCAAACAUAUCUGUGAUGAAGCAGAUGAAUUAGAGUUGGCCUUAACACAGUCUCUUUAUGAAACCAAACUUACCAAACCAGAUCAUCAGCCUUACAAAAGCUAUGCCGACUUGACUACAGAUGAAGCAGAUGAAUUAGAGUUGGCCUUAACACAGUCUCUUUAUGAAACCAAACUUACCAAACCAGAUCAUCAGCCUUACAAAAGCUAUGCCGACUUGACUACAGUAACUUCAGGUGUUGAUCAGUCAAACGUCAAUGAUGGAGCUGUAGUAGCAGAGAACCAGGCUGUUGCAAAAUGGACACUAAAUACUGAAGUACAUAACACCACAUGUGCCAUUAAAAACACAAAUAAAGACAAUGACGAUCUCAAGGUCACAAAGUCAACAAGGUCACAAAAGCGUCGUCCGCGUAAGAAGCCGCAUUUGUUGAAGAACCCAUCGGGACCACGACCUGUUCUGCUCUGGUUCAGAAGGGACCUCCGCAUGUGGGAUAACCCUGCUCUUAUUGGCUGCCUGGAGCUUGGUGCACCUGUCAUUCCUGUCUUCCUGUGGAAUGCGGUGGAGGAGGAGGGUCCAGGGGUUACCGUGGCAAGCGGUGGGGCGUCUAAAUACUGGCUGCAUCAGGCACUAGUGAGUCUGAACCGCUCUCUGGAGCAGCGUAGAAGCCACUUGGUGACGCUGAAGGCAGAGGCCUCAUCUUUGACAGCUCUGCAAGGGUUAAUCGCUGCGACGGGGGCAGCGUCGGUUGUGGCAACAGCCCUGUAUGAGCCGUGGCUGAAGGAAAGAGAUGACAGCGUGUGGGAGAAACUGGAGAAACAAGGUGUUAAGUGCCAUAUCUACCACUCCUACUGCCUUAGAGACCCCUACACAGUCAGCACACGGGGCGUUGGACUACGAGGUAUCGGCUCUGUCUCUCACUUCAUGAGUUGUUGCCAGCAGAAUCCUGGCAGUGGACUGACCUCUCCGCUGGAUGCCCCCGCUGCCCUGCCUGCUCCCUCAGCAUGGCCGCAGGGAUGCCCACUUGUUGAUCUGGGACUGGCACGAAUGCCACGCAGGAAAGAUGGCACAGAGAUUGAUUGGGCUGUGAACAUUCGGAAAUCAUGGGACUUCAGUGAGGAAGGAGCUCAGGCUCAUCUUGAGGCCUUCCUGCGAGAUGGUGUGUACCGUUAUGAGAAGGAGUCAAGUCGUGCGGUUGAGCCCAACACCAGCUCUCUAUCUCCAUAUCUGCACUUUGGGCAGCUGAGUGCAUGCAGCCUAUUACGGGAUGCCCGUGGAGCUCGCUGCAGAUCUCCCAAAUUCCAGCGCAAACUGGCCUGGAGGGACCUGGCGUACUGGCAGCUGUGCCUUUUCCCAGACCUGCCCUGGGAGUCCCUCAGACCACCGUACAAGGCUUUGCGCUGGAGUUCAGACCGUGUCCAUCUGAAGGCAUGGCAGCGUGGAUACACAGGAUACCCACUGGUAGAUGCGGCAAUGAGACAGCUGUGGCAAACUGGCUGGAUGAACAACUACAUGAGACACGUGGUUGCCUCCUUCUUCAUCGCUUAUCUGCAUAUUGCCUGGCAGGAAGGAUACAGCUGGUUUCAGGAUACCCAUGCCAUGAUGUGGCAGAAUGGAGGAAUGUGUGGACUGGAUCACUGGAACUUCGUCAUGCACCCUGUUGAUGCAGCGCUGACCUGUGACCCCUAUGGCACCUAUGUGCGGCAGUGGUGUCCUGAACUGAAGGCACUUCCUAAUGACCUUAUCCAUAAGCCCUGGAAGUGCCCAGCGUCAAUGCUGCGUAGAGCAGGUGUGGUUUUAGGUGGCAACUACCCAGAGCGGAUUGUUGUUGACCUUGAGGAGCGACGUGCACAGUCUCUACAGGAUGUUGCGUCGGUGAGAAGGCGCUUUAGGGAGUUUGUUGACCAGCGAUCAGGCUGUGACCUGGUACCUGUUCCUGCAAGGCUGGUGCAGGAAGCUCUGGGCAGUAUGGAGGAUGUUGUGAGUCGUGAAGGAACCGGGUUUCUCCUCCCAGUCAUCACCCUCAUGGAGUUUAAACACCAGUCAGAGGAUCCAGACAGGCAAGAUAACCCGUACAGCGCUGUGCUGAAGGGCUACGUCAGCCGCAAACGGGACGAAACCAUUGCCUUCCUAAAUGAGAGAGACUUCACAGCCAGCGUGAUGUGUGAGAACGCGCAGCGAGAGAGGUUAGAGAGGGACUGGUGUCUUCUGGAGGGUCUGCCUCAACCCAUAGUCUCAUGCGGCAGGGCCAGACGUACCCCAACCAGAGACCCUUACAGCAAAGUGCCUGGAGGUGUCGCUGUUCCCCACAGAUAACAGACUGGCAUGUUAGGGCUGGAAUACACUACACAACUUUAAGCCGACACCAGUCAGCAGAUUUUCAGUUGA